AUGAGGCGACUGUUUGCCCGCUCGUUGCUGCUUUUCUUCUGCCUUCUUUACCUUCACUGCUUCUCAAGGGCAUAUGCAACCCACCCUGAGCUCACUGGACACUCGGAAUGGAGUUUACACACACCUGAGGGACCAAAUGUGUCGGAAUCAGCUGUGGAUGCUGCAGCACUCCCUGAGGAGCCACAAGUCACAGACAAAGGGGGGAAGUGGGGUAGAGAGAUGCAAAAUGCAGCAGACGACAGCAGCAGCAGCAAAGAAGUCACCUUAAGACAGCAUGGGCCGAACGGUUCGAGGCCCGCUUUAGAUGCCUCCUCUCCGCUUCCUUCCCCUCCCACGAGUGGGGACGACUCCUUAAGUGGAUCAUCAGAAGCAGCAUCACCUGAUGCAGACGCAGCCUCCGAAGCCUCCGAAGGAGCAGUCUCAACAAGUCAUCCUGAAUCACCUGAGGCGCCUGAGGCGCCACCCCUUGAUGAGGCCAUUACAGCAGCAAAUUCGCCCGUCUCCAGUGGCAGGCCUGCUGAGGGUGCAGACGAGGGCCUUCAGCAGCAGCAGCUGCGGCCUGUGGGUCAGUGGAAGUCUGCCUUACAGUCGAAUGGGUUUCAGGGAGGCGGCGGGACUCUCAAGGGAGGACCCCAGGGAGCUGCAGAAACGGCAGCGGACAAAGAAAACAAGGAGAAUAGGAACACUACGCAAGCGGCCCCACUGACUUGCGCCGAUUUACCCUGUGGGGAGGGACAGCUGACGUGCUCUGGGCCGUUUAGAGGCCGCUUUCUAUGCAUCUGCAGGCCAGGGUUUGUGCUGCAGCGCACCGGAGGGCAGGGGCGGUGUGUGGACUCCAGGAGCAGCAGCAGCACCAGCACCAGCAGCAGAAGCGACGACGUUUUAGGCACCGGAAAGGUUCAGGGAGGCGGGGGGACCUCUCAUGAGAGCAAAUGGACCAUUCUGCUUGCUAUUUUGGGGGCAGGCGUUGGCGUGCUGCUGCUGCUGCUGCUGCUUUGGGGUGCUAUCUCUUGGCAUAGGAUCAAGAAGGACCCCAUGCCUAAGAGCGUCAAUGAGGAAUUCUCUUCUUUAUUAGAUGAACAGUCCAGCACCAGAAGUUCUUAUUCUUACAACAGCAGACAGAGACGCAGAAACGAACUACGGUGGGACUCCUUCGAGUCCGAGGCUGGAGCAGCAGAAGAAAAACAAGUGAAAGUAUAA